UCACGCCACAACCAGGGAAGUGGUAGUGUUUCCUUGAGAGUUUUGAGUAGAAAGCAAGCAAAUGAAAAAGGGCUCCAAAAACCAGACUUUCAACUUUUCCAAAGGACGAAGCAAGCAUAUAUACCACCGUGAAAUGAGCUUAUAAAAACACCCUGAAAAAGACAUCCUUAAGCCGGUGAGCUUAUUCCCAUAAAAACACACAUUUAUGAUGCUUUUUUCUGCACUUUCAGCAUUCCUUCAUACAUACAUCUCCAACCUAAUAUGACUGUGCGUCAAAGCUGUGCCACCCAAAGAAUCGAUCUUUAUCUCAAACAGAACCACUUGUCUACUCUUCCCCAAAGAAUCAAUCUUUGUGCCGAAUAGAACCACUUGUCCACUCUUCCUUUACACUGGGCAAUCUAGUGGGUUGUCCAAGUUGUGCAUUUAUAAAAACAUCUCAUUGUGAAGCCUUUAGGCCUUUCAAUGCACUGGAAUAAAAGUGCAACAGUGUAGCCAUAAUCAGAAACCUCCUGUAUCUUGUGGCAUCACAGUAACCAAAAUUGCAAGUUGGUCAUGGAAAGAAGCAGAGUGAGAAUGAAUGCUGGGAUACUUCUUCUCUACCUGACUUUAGCUACCAUUUCUCUCACUCAUUGUGAUGCAGCAGAUAGAACAAUGAGACUAUGGAAAGGCCCUAGAAACAGCAGAAAUAUAAUCAACAAGAACCUAAAGAAGUUGAAAACGACUAAACAUUUUGAUCUUGAUGCAUCUAUAUUUACAUCAAAUGCACAACCCUACAGUGUUAGCUCCCCAUAUUCUUUGCCUUCUUAUGAAUCACUAGCCUCAAUGUCAUUGCUAGAAAACAGCCCUCCAUAUUGUGUGAACCCACCACCUAGUAGUGGUAGUGGUACACCACCUGGUAGUGGUAGUGGUAGUGGUACUCCUACCACUACUCCAACACCAACAGCAGCAGGCUUUCAACCCUCACCUCCUUACUAUUACACUUCACCAGUUCUUCCAACACAAAACCCACCUCCUCCAACACCAUCAAUCAUUACACCAGGCCCACCUGACACACCUGACAUCGUUCCAAGCCCACCCAGCGACACACCUGGCUCACCUGAACCUAUACUAAAUCCUCCUAUUAUUUUUCCAGGCCCACCUGGGUCAUCGAUGAGCCCACCUUAUUUUGAGCCAACACCACCUUACUUUGAGUCCACACCACCAUUCAUUCCUUCCCCUGCUAGUGGUACCACCCCCAGCCCACCAAGUACUGUUCCAUCCCCUGCAGGAGGAGGUUCUGUCCCUAGCCCACCAAGUGUGUUUCAGCCUCCUGUGGUGUAUCCACCACCAAGUGUGCCACCAGCACCCAACACUGCCCCACAGGCCACCUUGUGGUGUGUGGCUAAGUCGGCGGUCCCAGACCCAAUCAUCCAAGAGGCGAUGAACUAUGCAUGUUGGUCAGGAGCUGAUUGCACAUCAAUUCAGCCCAAUGGGCCUUGUUAUGAACCUGACACUGUAAUUGCACAUGCUUCAUACGCUUUCAAUAGUUACUGGCAAAGGACUAAAGGCGCUGGUGGUACUUGUGACUUUGGAGGGACAGCCAUUUUGGUUGCAGUUGAUCCUAGCUACAAUGGAUGCCGUUUCAUCUACAACUGAUCAAGAGAAUUUUUCCUUUUUUAUUUUACUUUUUCUUUACAACAUGGCCACUUUUGGAAGCAACUGAUACAUGAAGAGUGAAGAAAAAUCUCUCUUUCAUAACAUCCCCUUUUUUUUCUUGUGGAAAUAAGUCAUUUAUGUAUGCAACAGUGAAUUACACACACAGAUUUUGUAUUGUGUAAGUAAUGAAGAAAUCUAGCAAUGGUUUGUAGUUUAUUGUCAUUGUUUAAUUAAAUUAACUCCUUAGCAGUAUGGUUUUGAAAACUAAACCAGCCGAUCCCCACUUCAAACAAAAACCGGCAAGAACCGAUCAAAGAACACAUGGAUUAAAGUUCCCUCCAAAUAAAUCGUGUAUAUUCCAUCAAGGAACCAAUGUAUUGGAAUCAAAUCAGGAUAAUAAAUUUAGAAUUGCU